AUGAGCCCGCCCCAUUCUCCCGCUUUCCAUCACCCCGCCCCUUUCUCCCGCUUUCCAUCUCCCCGCCCCAUUCUCCCGCUUUCCAUCACCCCGCUCCAUUCUCCCGCUUUCCAUCACCCCGCCCCAUUCUUCCGCUUCCCAUCAUCCCGCCCCUUUUCCCCGCUUUCCAUCACCCCUCCCCAUUCUCCCUCCUUCCAUCACCCCGCCCCAUUCUCCCGCUUUCCAUCACACCCCCUCAAUCUUCUGCUUUCCAUCACCCCGCCCCAUUCUCCCGCUUUCCAUCACCCUGCCCCAUUCACCCGCUUUCUAUCACCCGCCCCAUUCUCCGGCUUUCCAUCACCCCGCCCCAUUCUCCCGCUUUCCAUCACCCCACCCCAUUCUCCCGCUUUCCAUCCCCCCGCCCCAUUCUCCCGCUUUCCAUCACCGCGCCCCAUUCUCCCGCUUUCCAUCACUCUGCCCCAUUCUCCCGCUUUCCAUCACCCCGACCCAUUCUCCCACUUUCCAUCACCCCGCCCCAUUCUCCCUCCUUCCAUCACCCCGCCUCAUUCUCCCUCCUUCCAUAACCCCGCCCCAUUCUCCCACUUUCCAUCACCCCGCCCCAUUCUCACGCUUUCGAUCACCCCGCCCCAUUCUCCCGCUUUUCCUCACCCCGCCCCAUUCUCCCGCUUUCCAUCACCCCGCCCCAUUCUCCCACUUUCCCUCACCCCGCAACCACCCGCCCCAUUCUCACUCUUUCCAUCACCCCACCCCAUUCUUCCUCCUUCCAUCACCCCGCCCCAUUCGCCUGAUUUCCAUCGCCCCGCCCAAUUCUCCCGUUUUCCAUCACCCCGCCCCAUUCUCCCACUAUCCAUCACCCCGCCUCAUUAUCCCGCUUUCCAUCACCCCGCCCCAUUCUCUCGCUUUCCAUCACCCCGCUCAUUCUCUCGCUUUCCAUCAACCCGCCCCAUUCUCCCGCUUUCCAUCACCCCGCCCCAUUCUCCCGCUUUCCAUCAUCCCACGCCAUUCUCCCUCCUUCCAUCGCCCCGCCCCUUUCUCCCGCUUUCCAUCGCCCUGCCCCAUUCUCCCGCUUUCCAUCACCCCGCCCCAUUCUCCCGCUUCCCAUCACCCCGCCCCAUUCUCCCGCUUUCCAUCACUCCGCCCCAUUCUCCCAAUCUCCAUCACCCCGCCCCAUUCUCCCUCCUUCCAUCACCCCGCCCCAUUCUCCCUCCUUCCAUCACCCCGCCCCAUUCUCCCGCUUUCCAUCACCCCGCCCCAUUCUCCCGAUUUCCAUCACCCCGCCCCAUUCUCCCGCUUUCCAUCACCCCGCCCCAUUCUCCCGCUUUCCAUCACCCCGCCCCAUUCUCCCUCCUUCCAUCACCCCGCCUCAUUCUCCCUCCUUCCAUAACCCCGCCCCAUUCUCCCACUUUCCAUCACCCCGCCCCAUUCUCACGCUUUCGAUCACCCCGCCCCAUUCUCCCGCUUUUCCUCACCCCGCCCCAUUCUCCCGCUUUCCAUCACCCCGCCCCAUUCUCCCACUUUCCCUCACCCCGCAACCAGUCUCCCGCUUUCCAUAGCCCCCCCCUAUUCUCCCGCUUUCCAUCACCCCGCCCCCUUCUCCCGCUUUCCAUCACCCCUCCCCAUUCUCCGUCCUUCCAUCACCCCACCCCAUUCUCCCUCCUUCCAUCGCCCCGCCCCUUUCUCCCGCUUUCCAUCGCCCUGCCCCAUUCUCCCGCUUUCCAUCACCCGGCCCCAUUCUCCCGCUUCCCAUCACCCCGCCCCAUUCUCCUGCUUUCCAUCACUCCGCCCCAUUCUCCCAAUCUCCAUCACCCCGCCCCAUUCUCCCUCCUUCCAUCACCCCGCCCCAUUCUCCCUCCUUCCAUCACCCCGCCCCAUUCUCCCGCUUUCCAUCACCCCGCCCCAUUCUCCCGCUUUCCAUCACCCCGCCCCAUUCUCCCGCUUUCCAUCACCCCGCCCCAUUCUCCCGCUUUCCAUCACCCCGCCCCAUUCUCCCUCCUUCCAUCACCCCGCCCCAUUCUCCCGCUUUCCAUCACCCCGCCCCACCCCGCCCCAUUCUCCCGCUUUCCAUCACCCCUCCCCUAUCUCCUGCUUUCCAUCACCGCACCCCGUUCUCCCGCUUUCCAUCACACCGCCCCAUUCUCCCGCUUUCCAUCACCCCGCCCCGUUCUCCCGCUUUCGAUCACCCCACCCCAUUCUCCUACUUUCCAUCACCCUGCCCCCUUCUCCCGCUUUCCAUCACCCCGCCCGAUUCUCCCUCCUUCCAUCACCUCGCUCCAUCCUCCCUCCUUCCAUCAAUCCGCCCGAUUCUCCCUACUUCCAUCACCCCGCCCGAUUCUCCCUACUUCUAUCACCCCGCCUCAUUUUCCCGCUUUCCAUCAGCCCGCCCCAUUCUCCUUCCUUCCAUCACCUCGCCCCAUUCUCCCUCCUUCCAUCACCCCGCCCCAUUCUCACUCCUUCCAUCACCCCGCCCCAUUCCCCCGCUUUCAAUCACCCCGCCCCAUUCUCCAGCUUUCCAUCACCCCGCCCCCUUAUCCCGCUUUCCAUCACCCCUCCCUAUUCACCCGCUUUCCAUCACCCUGCCCCAUUCUCCCGAAAUCGAUCAGCCCGCCCCAUUCUCCCUCCUUCCAUCACCCCGCCCCAUUCUCCCUCCUUCCAUCAACCCCCCCUUUCUCCCUCCUUUCAUAUCCCCGCCCCAUUCUCCUGCUUUCCAUCACCCCGCCCCCUUCUCCCGCUUUCCAUCACUGCGCCCCAUUCUCCCUCCUUCCAUCACCCCGCCCCAUUCUCCCGCUUUCCAUCACCCUGCCCCAUUCUCCCGUUUACCAUCACCCCGCCCCAUUCUCCCACUUUCCAUCACCCCGCCCCAUUCUCCCGCUUUCCAUCACCCCGCCCCAUUCUCCCGCUUUCCAUCACCCCGCCCCAUUCUCCCGCUUUCCAUCACUCCGCCCCAUUCUCCCGCUUUCCAUCACCCCGCCCCAUUCUCCUGCUUUCUAUCACCCCGCCCCAUUCUCCCGCUUUCCAUCACCCCUCCCCAUUCUCGUGCUUUCCAUCACCUCGCCCCAUUCUCCCGCUUUCCAUCACCCCGCCCCAUUCCCCCGCUUUCCACCACCCCACCCCAUUCUCCCGCUUUCCAUCACCCCGCCCUAUUCACCCGCUUUCCAUCACCCCGCCCCAUUCUCCCUCCUUCCAUCACCCCGCUCCAUUCUCUCGCUUUCCAUCACCCCGCCCCAUUCUCCCGUUUUCCAUCAUCCCGCCCCAUUCUCCUUCCUUCCAUCACCCCGCUCCAUUCUCCCGCUUUCCAUCACCCCGCCCCAUUCUCCCGCUUUCCAUCACCCCGCCCCAUUCUCCCGCUUUCCAUCACCCCGCCCCAUUCUCCCUCCUUCCAUAACCCCGCCCCAUUCUCCCUCCUUCCAUCACCCCGCCCCAUUCUCCUGCUUUCAAUCACCCCGCCCCAUUCUCCCACUUUCCAUCACCCCGCCCCAUUCUCCCUCCUUCCAUCACCCCGCCCCAUUCUACCUCCUUCCAUCACCCCGCCCCAUUCUCCCGCUUUCCAUCACCCCGCCCCAUUCUCCCGUUUUCCAUCACCCCGCCCCAUUCUCCCACUUUCCAUCACCCCGCCCCAUUCUCCCUCCUUCCAUCACCCCGCCCCAUUCUCCCGCUUUCCAUCAACCCGCCCCAUUCUCCCGCUUUCCAUCACCCCGCCCCAUUCUCCCGCUUUCCAUCACCCCGCCCCAUUCUCCCUCCUUCCACCACCCCGCCCCAUUCUCCCGAUUUAUAUCACCCUGCCCAUUCUCCCUCCUUCCAUCACCCCGCCCCAUUCUCCCUCCUUCCAUCACCCCGCCCCAUUCUCCCGCUUUCCAUCACCCCACCCCAUUCUCCCUCCUUCCAUCACCCUGCCCCAUGCUCCCUCCUUCCAUUACCCCGCCCCAUUCUCCCGCUUUCCAUCACCCCGCCCCGUUCUCCUGCUUUCUAUCACCCCGCCCCGUUCUCCCGCUUUCCAUCACCCCGUCCCAUUUUCCCGCUUUCCCUCACCCCGCCCCAACCCCAUUCUCCCGCUUUCCAUCACCCCGCCCCAUUCUCCCGCUUUCCAUCAUCCCGCCCUAUUCUCCCGCUUUCCAUCACCCCGCCCCAUUCUCCCGCUUUCCAUCACCCCGCCCCAUUCUCCCGCUUUCCAUCACUCCGCCCCAUUCUCCAGCUUUCCAUCACCCAGCCCAAUUCUCCUGCUUUCCAUCACCCCGCCCCAUUCUCCCGCUUUCCAUCACCCCGCCCCAUUCUCCCGCUUUCCAUCACCCCGCCCCAUUCUCCCUCCUUCUUUCACCCCGCCCCAUUGUUUCGCUUUCCAUCACCCCGCCCCAUUCUCCCGCUUUCCAUCACCCCGCCCCAUUCUCCCACUUUCCAUCACCCCACCCCAUUCUCCCGCUUUCCAUCACCCCACCCUAUUCUCCCGCGUUCAAUCACCCCGCCCCAUUCUCCCUCCUUCCAUCACCCCGCCUCAUUCUUCCUCCUUCCAUCACCCCGCCCCAUUCUCCCUCCUUCCAUCACCCCGCCCCAUUCUCCCGCUUUCCAUCACCCUGCCCCAUUCUCCCGCUUUCCAUCACCCUGCCCCAUUCUCCCGCGUUCAAUCACCCCGCCCCAUUCUCCCUCCUUCCAUCACCCCGCCUCAUUCUCCCUCCUUCCAUCACCCCGCCCCAUUCUCCCUCCUUCAAUCACCCCGCCCCAUUCUCCUACUUUCCAUCACCCUGCCCCCUUCUCCCGCUUUCCAUCACCCCGCCCCAUUCUCCCUCCUUCCAUCACCCCGCCCCAUCCUCCCUCCUUCCAUCACCCCGCCCCAUUCUCCCUCCUUCCAUCACCCCGCCCCAUUCUCCCUCCUUCCAUCACCCCGCCCCAUUCUCCCGCUUUCCAUCACCCCACCCCAUUCUCCCUCCUUCCAUCACCCUGCCCCAUGCUCCCUCCUUCCAUUGCCCCGCCCCAUUCUCCCGCUUUCCAUCACCCCGCCCCGUUCUCCUGCUUUCUAUCACCCCGCCCCGUUCUCCCGCUUUCCAUCACCCCGUCCCAUUUUCCCGCUUUCCCUCACCCCGCCCCAGUCUUUCGCUUUCCAUAGCCCCGCCCCAUUCUACUGCUUUCCAUCAUCCCGCCCCCUUCUACUGCUUUCCAUCACCACACCCCAUUCUCCCGCUUUCCAUCACCCCGCCCCAUUCUCCCGCUUUCCAUCAUCCCGCCCUAUUCUCCCGCUUUCCAUCACCCCGCCCCAUUCUCCCGCUUUCCAUCACCCCGCCCCAUUCUCCCGCUUUCCAUCACUCCGCCCCAUUCUCCAGCUUUCCAUCACCCAGCCCAAUUCUCCUGCUUUCCAUCACCCCGCCCUAUUCUCCCGCUUUCCAUCACCCCGCCCCAUUCUCCCGCUUUCCAUCACCCCGCCCCAUUCUCCCUCCUUCUUUCACCCCGCCCCAUUGUUUCGCUUUCCAUCACCCCGCCCCAUUCUCCCGCUUUCCAUCACCCCUCCCCAUUCUCCCACUUUCCAUCACCCCACCCCAUUCUCCCGCUUUCCAUCACCCCACCCUAUUCUCCCGCGUUCAAUCACCCCGCCCCAUUCUCCCUCCUUCCAUCACCCCGCCUCAUUCUUCCUCCUUCCAUCACCCCGCCCCAUUCUCCCUCCUUCCAUCACCCCGCCCCAUUCUCCCGCUUUCCAUCACCCUGCCCCAUUCUCCCGCUUUCCAUCACCCUGCCCUAUUCUCCCGCGUUCAAUCACCCCGCCCCAUUCUCCCUCCUUCCAUCACCCCGCCUCAUUCUCCCUCCUUCCAUCACCCCGCCCCAUUCUCCCUCCUUCAAUCACCCUGCCCGAUUCUCCUACCUUCCAUCACCCUGCCCCCUUCUCCCGCUUUCCAUCACCGCGCCCCAUUCUCCCUCCUUCCAUCACCCCGCCCCAUCCUCCCUUCUUCCAUCACCCCGCCCCAUUCUCCCUCCUUCCAUCACCCCGCCCCAUUCUCCCGCUUUCCAUCACCCCGCCCCAUUCUCCCGCUUCCCAUCGCCCCGCCCCAUUCUCCCUCCUUCCUUCACCACAGCCCAUUCUCCUGCUUUCCAUCACCCCGCCCCAUUCUCCCGUUUCCAUCACCCCGCCCCAUUCUCCCGCUUUCUAUCACCCUGCCCCAUUCUCCCGCUUUCCAUCACCCCGCCCCAUUCUCCCGCUUUCCAUCACCCCGCCCCGUUCUCCCGCUUUCCAUCACCUCGCCCCAUUCUCCCGCUUUCCAUCACCCCGCCCCAUUCUCCCUCUUUCCAUCACCUCGCCCCAUUCUCCCGCUUUCCAUCACCCCGCCCCAUUCUCCCUCUUUCCAUCACCCCGCCCCAUUCUCCCUCCUUCCAUAUCUGGGAGAAGGGGGUGAAAUCUGGGAGAAGGGGAUGGAAUCUAGGAGAAGGGGAUGGAAUCUGGGAGAAGGGGAUGUAAUCUGGGAGAAGGGGAUGGAAUCUUGGAGAAGGGGAUGGAAUGAGGGAGAAGGGGAUGGAAUCUGGGAGAAGGGGAUGGAAUCUGGGAGAAGGGGAUGGAAUCAAGAAGAAGGGGAUGAAAUUUGGGAGAAGGGGAUGGAAUCAGGGAGAAGGGGAUGGAAUUUGGGAGAAGGGGAUGGAAUCUGGGAGAAGGGGAUGGAAUGUGGGAGAAGGGGAUGGAAUCUGGGAGAAGCGGAUGGAAUCGGGGAGAAGGGGAUGGAAUCUGGGAGAAGGGGAUGGAAUGAGGGACAAAGGGAUGGAAUCUGGGAAAAGGGGAUGGAAACUGGGAGAAGGGGAUGGAAUCUGGGAGAAGGGGAUGGAAUAUGGGAGAAGGGGAUGGAAUCUGGGAGAAGGGAAUGGAAUCUGGAAGAAGGGGAUGGAAUCUGGGAGAAGGGGAUGGGAUCAGGGAGAAGGGGAUGGAAUCGGAGAAGGGGAUGGAAUCUGGGAGAAGGGGAUAGAAUUUGGGAGAAGUGGAUGGAAUCUGGAGAAGGGGAUGGAAUCUGGGAGAAGGGGAUGGAAUCUGGGAGAAGGGGAUGGAAUCUAGGAGAAGGGGAUGGAAUUUGGAAGAAGGGGAUGGAAUUUGGGAAAAGGGGAUGGAAUUUGGGAGAAGGGGAUGGAAUGGGAGAAGGGGAUGGAAUCUGGGAGAAGGGGAUGGAAUCUGGGAGAAGGGGAUGGAAUCUGGGAGAAGGGGAUGGAAUCUGGGAGAAGGGGAUGGGAUCAGGGAGAAGCGGAUGGAAUCGGGGAGAAGGGAUGAAAUCUGGGAGAAGGGGAUGGAAUCUGGGAGAAGGGGAUGGAAUCUGGGAGAAGGGGAUGGAAUCUGAGAGAAGGGGAUGA